GCACCGCGCGACACGUACAACUCGACCCUAAAAAGCACCUAGGCCAGUCGACCUCACCCACACCUACAGACAUGGAGAGCAGCAAGCCAGAACCUGGCCGUGGUCGUGGGAUGCUUGGGGCCUAUUGAGCCUCAUGUGCACGAGCGAAUAUAGUCGUCCUUGCCGACUCACCCUUCAGCUUGAGAUCUGGAAUAGGUCGAUGCGCACAGAUGCGAAUUCAAGCAGGAUGGCCGGCGAACCCGUUUCCCCCGCAUCGAACAUGUCGACCUUGCGGCUGUCGACUACAAGUGAACUGGAUGAUGUACGCUCGCUGGCCCCGUUUCUUAACCUCUGGUGUGGUUCGAUAACUGCUCGUGUGCUGCGCAGCAGCUUAUCGAAAUGGUGCGACAUACAGAGCACGCUCGAUGGUGCCGUGCUCACUGUCUGUCUGUACAGGCUCAAGAACAUGAACGCGUUCAAUGAUGCGAUGAUGCACGACGUCGUCUUUGUAUUUGAGCUUGCUGACGCCGAUGAGCACAUCAAGGCUUUCGUACUGACAAGCGGCGGAAAGGCGUUCUGCGCAAGCGCAGACCUCCAAGCUGGAUUGGGCGCCGAUGCCGGCGGCCAGUUCCACCUGCACCGCGAUGGAGGCUAACAUGCGGCCCUUGCCAUCCGCAAUUGCCGCAGGCUCGUCAUCACUGCGGUGCAGGGUAGCACGGUGUGCAUGGGAGUGAUGACGGU